AAAUGAAGGGAAAUCAUCUCUGCCAUCUGUGCCUUCUGCUCCAUGUAGUGUGUGGGUGAAUGGAACGUGUCCAGCUGUGGUAGCCUCCUCCUCUUCCUCCUCCUCCUCCUCCUCCUCGCCUUCUUCCCUCCACUGGUGAGCAGACAAAGCCACAAGCGAGAGGAGAGGAGGGAAGGAAUAUCUAGCUGACUCUGUCGCCUGGACGACCAGCUAAAGAUGAGCGCAGGAGAGAGAGGAGCACAAAAGACGAAAAACACAAGUCUUUAGUUCGUGCUGGGAUUCAUUGAGUGAGUGGGAAGUGUGUGUGUAUGUGACGAUAUAUAAACAUAGAGGAGAAACAACACGAGGAAGAUGACAUUGUGGACCCAGAAGGCCUGAGUGACCCCCUCCUGACACCUCCACCUGAGAUCCUCCAUACAGCCUCAGGCACCAACGAUGGAUGAUGAUGAGCCGCUUUUGUUUCAAACAAGCUGGGGAGAUGAUGAUGAAGAGCAGGCAGAGGAGGUGGAGGUUGGAGUGAGGCAUGCUGAGGUUCUAUGUGGGCCCUGGAGGGCUGUGGCCUGGGUGUACACACAGCCCUGGGUGAGCGGGGUGCUUUUAGCUGGGUUUGUCCUCCUCCCUUGCGCCUUGUUUGCCUUCAUGCUCCUCUACUGCCCCCCUCUGGAUAUUGACCUCUCCUACAGUGCCUUCGAGGUCCACAGUCACUUCUCAGCGGAGCGUUUCGAUGCCCUCACCAUCGCUGUGAAGACCCAGCUUGGCUCCUGGGAUAGGCGUAGGAGAGACGUGGAUAGUGACAGUGAGUACCUGCAGGAGAUACUCAUGGACAAGCUGCACAUACGGGACGAGGCCUCCAAGUCAGGAGAUACUUUGACCCCUAGAGGAGAUGAGGGAUGGUUGUUUCGGAGUCGCCGCUUUGCUCCAAACUAUUACCUCCAGAGUCAAGCUCUGUGGAGCAUCGAGUUAGUGUUUGUUGCUCAGGGCGAGGGAGACCACAACAUCUUCACCCCCGAGCGCCUGAAGACCAUCCAUGACGUGGAGCGACUAAUCAUGCAACACCCGCAGUUUCAUCAGUUCUGCUGGAAGCCCAUGGAGGUGUUGAGGGACCUCCCACUGGGACCGUCUUUCUGCUCACCGCCUAGCUCGCUCCUGUCUUACCUCUACCCUAGCGAGCGAGGAGGAAAAAUCUACUAUGACGGCAUGGGUCCAGAUCUGGCUGAUGUCCAAGGUUCCUUGAGCCUGGCCAUCACACACCCUCAGUUCUACUGGUAUGUGGAUGAGAGCCUCUCCCCUGAGCACCUCUCCUCCUCUCUCCUGCGAAGCGAAAUCCACUUUGGCGCCCCUCUGCCGACCUACAACUCCCUGCAGGAUCGAGCCGAUGAGCAGAGGAGCCACUUUAAGAACUUUGUGGUUCAGUACGCGGACAUCCUGGCCAAGCAGUCCACCAGCCAGGUGAAGGUUCUCUACGGGGGGACGGAGCUCUUUGACCAUGAAGUGAGACACACCUUCAGGAAUGAUAUGACGCUGGCCGUCAUCAGUGGAGCCUGCAUUACUGUGCUGGUCUACGUCCUGACCUCCUUCUCUGUGUUUCUGACUUUCUUCGGACUGGCCAGCAUUGGGCUGAGUUGCCUGAUGGCACUCUUCUUGUACCACGUUGUGUUUGGUGUGAGGUACCUGGGCAUUCUCAAUGGAGUGGCAGCCUUUGUCAUCAUUGGAAUCGGAGUAGAUGAUGUAUUUGUGUUCAUCAGCACCUUCAGACAGGCCGCUCAUCUUCAUCAUCCUCAGCAGCGUAUGGUGUAUACAGUCAAAACAGCCGGUCGAGCCACUUUCCUCACCUCCUUCACGACAGCGGCCGCCUACGCUGCCAAUGCUUUCUCCAAGAUCCCAGCUGUGCAUGACUUCGGCCUAUUCAUGGCUCUCAUUGUCAGUUGUUGCUGGCUUUGGGUUUGUCUGCUGAUGCCAGCCGCCCUGUGUAUCUGGACUCAGUGUGUGGAGCCUCAUGAGCACGCCUGGUUGCACCGUUGGAAGUCGUUUCGGGGCCUGUCAGCAAGCUACGGCCCUUUGUCGGAUGAGGAUGACGACGUGGCGCUGCUGUCAGUGGAGAUGGAGCCAGGCCCCCUAGAGGCAGACAGAGAUGCAGCCAUUCUGUCCCUGUCAGUGGAGACACCCCUCAACCCUGCAGGGCAUCAGCAUUUGGGUGUGGUCAGCACAAAGCUUCAGUGGGCCCUCAAGCAUUUAGUGGGCCAGCCAGCUGUGGAGAGGAGGAAAACUGUUCUAGGUGUCUUCCUCCUGGUUCUGCUCCUAUCUGCUGGUUGUUGCUGUCUCUUGAGGCCAGCCUCUCAUGCCCCCUUACUGUUCCGCCCGGAUACCAACCUCCAGACUCUUCUGGCUCUGAGGAGCAACCUGAGCGGUCAAGGCAUCUCCUGCCACAUGUGCUCAGGUGUCUUCAUGGAAAAGCCGCAGUCUUUGUCCUCAUCAGCGUUCAGGAUCUCCACAAACCAUCAGGACUGCAGCACAAACACCACCACUGCUCCUCUGAGCACAACAGAAGCAAACUCAAGCAGCAACCAACCAGGCUUUUUAAUUACAGUCUUUAUAUCAAAGUUGAACCUCAGAACUUCGACAACCGUUUACCGCUUCUCCCUUAAUGCCAGCACUCCUUCCCCAUGGAAGCUGUGCAGCACGGAACAUGACCAGGUGCCUUUAUUUCAGGCCUUCAAUCAGUCGUGGCAAAACUACACCAGAAGAAUGACAGUGUGCGUUUCCAACGACUACCACCCCUACCCCAGCUGGAUGAUUACGUCCAGAUCAUGUGACCGCCGCCAUAGCUGGAUACCGGAGUUUUCCUUUUAUGUGGCAUCAUCACCGCAGCAGAACAGCAGGAAACUGCACUUUGCACAACAUAAACUGAGGCCACAUCCCACUAGAGUGUGUGCGAGCCCACCUGGCUGUGGUAUCAGUACUGUGCCUGACGGACCCACACGGGGAACCUUUUAUACUCCUCUUCCCAGAGAUUCCACUACUGAACCUGUGAACCCAUCCAAGACGUCUGGCUUCAACCCAUGCAGAGGUGGCGCUUGUCGCCUCCCGGCUGUGCGCCCUCUGGUUGACACCGGUGCCAUGGUGUUUGUCGUGUUUGGAAUCUUGGGAGUUAAUCGGACGCAACGCAGAGACAAUCACGUCAUCGGAGAUAUUGGAAACGUGAUAUUGGAUCCAGAUUUUGACAUUUUCAAGGAAAUGGGAUAUCUUUGCAAAAUUUGCAAAGCAGUCAGUGCAAAUAAACAACUUGUGAAGCCCGGUGGAGCACAGUGUCUGCCUUCAGGUAACAAACUGCCAUCCAUUCUGCCUCUCCUCCAUCCGGAAUGUCACUCUCUCCCUGAGCCCAACCUUCUUCCAGGCCAGCUCUCUCAUGGGGCGGUGGGACUGCACGGAGGGAAGGUCCACUGGCUCUCUAUGGCCUUUGAAUCCACCACAUACAAGGGGAAAUCCUCCUUCCAGACAUAUUCUGACUUUCUCCAGUGGGAGACUUUCAUCAAGGAACAACUCUCCAUGCUGCCUCAGUCUUCAUCUCUGAGACGAGGAUUCCAGACCUGUGAGCACUGGAAGCAGAUCUUCAUGGAAAUCAUAGGAGUGGAGAGCGCCCUCUGGAGUUUGCUGCUCUCUUUGGCCAUCUGUGUGGCGGCCGUCUCUGUUUUUACUGCACAUCUUUUUCUACUUCUUCCGGUCCUUAUUACUAUUCUAGGAGUGAUCUGUCUGGUGGGGGCAAUCAUGUACUGGCUGGGCUGGGAAAUGGGAGCGGUGGAGGCCAUUUCUCUGUCCAUCCUCGUGGGGUCUUCAGUGGACUACUGCCUGCACCUGGUGGAGGGAUACAUGCUGGCUGGGGAAGGUGCGCCCACUACUGCAGGUCUCUGCUCGGAGCCUGCAGCAGUGAGGCAGAGACGCACCAUGGAGGCAGUGAACCAUGUGGGCGUUGCGAUAGUGUCCAGCGCCGUUACCACGGUGAUCUCCACAAUCCCUCUUUUCUUCUGUGUCAUUGUGCCUUUUGCCAAGUUUGGCCAGAUUGUGGCCAUCAACACCACCGUCUCCAUUUUGUUCACCAUGACCGUGACCGUGGCCAUGUUGGCCAGUGUGGCCCCCGCCGGCUUCAGCAGGACCUGUGGCGACGUGCUGAAGGCCGCCGUCGCCGUGUUGGUGGUCGCGACCACGGGUGGAGCUCUGUGGUGGGCCGGGAGGCGCAUAGGGGCGUCGGCCUGGCCAUCCAUCAGCAUGUAAAUGUGAUGAUGUCACUUCUCUUGUGAGAAUAUUGAAGAUGUCAUAUUCAAGUACAGGUGCAAGCAAUUGGAAUAAUUAUAUUUGUAAGUACAGUAGAUCCCUGCUUUUCCAUUGGCGAAAAUCCUCAAGUCAUUGAUAGCCCAUAAAGAUGUCUAUUUUUGACACACAGCUUGUUUCUACCCCGUAAAACACUCCUGCUAGCUUGACCUUGAUAUUCUCUGAUUUCGGAUCAGCAUUUGCAAUAAGAGUGAUGGCAUAGAAAACCUGUUUAUGAUCCCUGCCCUCCAGACAUGAAACAACACCCGUACAGUCACCUUUACAUUAGUAUUACCCCAUAUAGUAGAUAUAAUCAGAGAAAAUAAGGCGCAUUAGAGAAAAAUAACAUAACAGACUCAGAUGGUAGCAAUUCCUUGUUUUUUUCUGGGUAGUGUACUUCCCGCGGUGGCCAUUAUCUCAUCAAUGGAUUGUAAUGGCGUCUAUAAAUGGCUUUAUACUCGUAUUACCCAAUAUAGUAGACAUAAUAAGAGUAAAUAAGCCAUUUAAGACGUAAAUAAAUUUCCUCUUCUUGUGUGUCACAGUAAAUGUGUUCCUUAGUGGACAUUAAUGAUGGGCGGGCAAAUGUGUAGAGGACAGGAAGUGAUGCUGGAGGUUCAGAGUUGAGUUUUAGCCCAUGUUAUUAUUAUGUUGUUAUUCUUAUUGUGCCAGUUGUGAGACAAUUUAAACUUAAUGUCUGGCCCUUGUCUCACUGAACACGGACACCAAGUGGCCAAUGUAGAAUACAGUACAUUCUCAAUUACAAUGCUUCUUCUGUUGUGCAUUUGCAUUUGAGUUCAUUUAGUUAGUUCAUGUAGCCAUUUUUAUGCUUGAAAUUGCCAACAAUAAUUUGCUUAAAUAUGCAUAUUUUUUUUACUAAACCGUAAUAGUGAAGGCGACACGUUCAAAACGCGUUGUAGCGAGGGACGACUGUAUUAGAUUCAAUUCAGAUCCUCUCUCUUCAGUUGCGAUUCUUAGUUUAUAGCAAGAGAGGUUAACUGGCUAAAUGCACAAUCCAGGUUUAAGCCUUAAGCCUUUAUUAGCCGCACACACUUAUUAAACACACUAAUGUAAAAUGUACAGGUAUCUACCAUUAAUGAAUGAUAAUGAAAUUUUGAGGUGGGAUUUUAAGAAAGUUGACCGUAAAAGCUAAUCCACACACACAGGGUGCCGCCAUCUUGCUGCUGCGCUGUGAAUGCUGAAUUGGGAAUGUGCGGGGAUCCACUGUAACUUGAAUGUAUCAUUAUGUAACACAAAAGCUUUAACUUUUUUUAUUGUUGUUUUCGAAUGGUGUGUUUGUUUGCACGAUUACACCACAACUACACGACCAAUACCGGUUAAAAAUACAGAUAGAAGAAUACACAUUCUCUUUCUGCCGAUUGGGUCACAAUGGAAACAUUCCCCUCCCCUCAGAAUGCAAAUGAACCUCCUUGAUGAUUAUCCAUGAACCAGGAAGUAGCCCGCCAGCUAAGAAACGGAAAGACAAACAAACACAAAUAUUCACUAUGUAAAACAAAUAAUAUACGAAUAAUUUAUGAUCUCUUUUUGCAGUUUUACUCACUGUAGAGGCAUUUUCCCUCUGGCACAGAUUCAAAAAUGGUACAGUCACGUCAUGUGACAUCAACCUCCAUGAACCAGGAAGUAGCGUGCAGUGCAGUGCAGUGCAGUAAACAUGCAAACAAUCAACAUGAGUUUAGAGGUGUUGCUUCAAGAUCAAAAUUACUUUUUUUUUUUAUAAAUAGAUAAUUAAUACAUUCAAAUAAGCUUUAUUUCAUUCGUAGCAACAACAUAUCACUCCAACAACUCAUAAUUAAACAAAUAAAUGGUUUUACAUUUAAAUAAACUAAAUUAAAUUAAAUUGUAACAUCAGCACAUUACUGCAGCCCAUAAUUUUCAUAAAUUAAAUUAAAUGAUCACACAGGAUAAGCAGUGGAAAAUGAAUUAAUGUUUAGUGGUACUUUACUGUCUCCUUUGCAUUAACUAUAUUUCAUGUCACUUUUCAGCCACAUUUUGUAGUAAUGAUGUUUGCGACUACAAAAACUCUUGACGGGUAUUUAGAGUAAGAGUUGCAUGUGUAAUUUUCACACUUAUUUCAUUCACCUGACUCACUUUGGAGAAAACACCUUGAAUGUGACCCACAGAAAAGGUGAUGUGCGAUAUGAUUGGGGGAAGGUCUUAGUCAGAGUUAAUCAACUGGCGGCCUACGGGCCAAGUCCAUUAACGGCAGCAGACCGGCCUGCAAAUUCAGUUCAAAUCUUGGGAAUUGUAUAACAUUUUUACUGUAUAAUAAACCAGCAGGACACCGUUGUCCUAGGGAAGGUCUUUGACUAGGGUCAACCCUUUUAAAUGUGUGACUUUAUGACUAUAUUAGCCAUUUGGAAAGCUGCAACGUUUUAGAAACAAGUUUUGAUUUUUGUAUUGGCGCUCAUAAGAUUGUUGAUUGCUCAUAAGAUAGUGAAGGGGACCACUUUCUUCUCUUUUUGAUGCCCUUUAAAUGUAUUUAUGCAUAUAUUUUGAAUGUUAUUGCAUAACACAUUAAAAUGUUGUAAUUGCUGAGGAAUGUUAUGAAGGACUUGCACACUGGCAAGCAUCUCUUGCCAAGAGAGUUACAUUUAUGGAAAAAUAUAUGACGAAUAUGGUUCAUUUUGUGGGGGGGGGAAUUGUUUAAAAAAGAUUCAAUUUAGACAGCGAUGGUGUGAAAUACUGUCUGUAAUGUCUAUAGUCUGUUUGGCUGCCAUGUGAUGUGUUUCAUACUACAUUCAUUUGGUCAAAGCAGACCAAAAAUGCCUUUAAUUUGGUCGUCGUUUUCUGUUUCUUUUUAUUAACGGGACAGUUAUUAAAUAACUGCAGUGCAAUGAUGACUUCUUUUCCAUUAUUCCUCCUUCUUACCUUGCCAACAUAUGGACACAAUAUGUACAUAUUUGGUAAGUCAGAAUAGUGCAAGUCUGUGUUGUGUUGACGCUACAAUAAACGGGAGAAGAGGAAGGCUUGAGCAACAUCGUAUAUUCAACAUGGACCAAUAGGCUAUACAUUAGAAGGCAUUAAAGGGUUAGUCUUUCUACCUUUACAUUAUUUAUGGUACUACUCAGACAAUAAAUAGGCAGGCUCAUUUGGUUCUUGAGAAAUACUUCAUUGUACCAAGAAAAAAAAGGCAUUUUUCUUUCCACUGGAGUGAAAUGAUAUUACAUCAGAAGUGUAAAACACGGACACAUAAGUCAUAUCUUUAUUACCCCAUGUUACAGGGCACACACAAUGUUCAAGUAUGCCUGAGGAACUAAAUGG